AUGGCUUUUUUGAAAAGGUUGAAUGUAGCCUCGCAUUCACGUUCCAGCUCAAAUUCGUCUAAUAGGGCUUCACAAAGUUCAGGUUGUGUAGGUAAAACAUGCCCAAACAAAGUUCAUUUAGAAGCUUCCGGUGUUAGAAAUGAGUAUCUAAACCGCAAUGCUAAAGCUAGUGAAAGUGGUGGCUAUGAUGCUUUAAGCGAUGUUGGCCAACAUUCUGCCCCGCUUAGUCCUAGUGAGGCAAAUGUUAUUAGUAAAGAUGAUAUAAUGGAUACCGAGACGAGAGUAUCAAUAGAAAAGACAGUUUAUCCAUGGGAUGUAACUGAUCCUGAGCAGUGGACUAUGCAUCGCGUGAAGACCUGGCUAAAAGAACAUGAUUUCGACGAACAAUGGGUAUCAUUUUUCCGUAAGAACCACAUUUAUGGCAAGAAUUUCUUACAAUUGUUGGCUAAAGAUAAUUUUAGCAAGCAUGAGAAUUUCCUGUCGACUACUAAGAAUUCCUCCUAUGAACGGUUCCAAUACCUCCUGAAGCGGACUUUGGAAGAUAGUGUUACUUGUGGUCACAAGGCACAGAGAAGCACUAUUGUGAGUGAUGCACGGAACUCAUUUGAUUCUAUUAGUAGGCAUAUGAAGCGUUUGAGUGGCGCUUCUGACCAAAGGAGUGGGCAUUCGGACUGUACCUACUCUAGAAAAGCUGCGGAUAUCGGCGAGGAACGAUAUGCGCGCGGGAGAACCCACCAAAAGGCUAGGAGUACUGGUGCAAUAUAUAGAAGGAGUUUUAUUUCAUUAAGGAGUCUUUCGAGCAAUAAUAGAGGUGACCAUGAUGAUCGUAAGCCAUUACCAAUUGUCACGCUAAAUAUACCUCCUAGACCUUUUUCUACAAUCGAGAACACACCAAAUUCAUCUCCUACUUCAACUUUAAAAUUGCAGCAGUCGCCGCUUUCUCCAGUAAAUGGUCAGAUUUUUAACAGAACCCAUAAAAGUAGUUCUUCUGAUUCGUCUUUAUUCAACUCCAAAUCAUAUAACGAGGAUAUGUUGAAGGUCUCCAACUGUAGUAGUCCACAGAACGAGUGUCCAUCUCAAAAAAGACUAUCAGAUGUUAUGCAUUCGCCUUUAAGGCUCUCUCCAUGGCAUAUGGAUGAUAGAAGUAAGUUUUGGGACAAGUUAAAGAAAAUAACGCAUUCGGGUAGUGAUCAAUGCGGUCCGUCAAGAUACAAGGCGUUAUCAAACAUUCGUGGUACUGGCCAGCAAAUUUCUACUUUACAAGAAUACUCUGAUGAAAAUCUACCUUCAGCUACAAGUGCUAGCACUGCAGAAAGUUUCUACAAUGUUAACCAACCCCAAGUGCGUAUGCCAAAAUUGGAAGACAAAUAUCAUCCUGUAAAAACGCCUGAUUUUGUUUCGCAGUAUGUUUUGGUUUCUAAGGAUAAUAAAGCUUUCUUACCUUUGCCAUUGGGCUCCAUUACAACUUCCAAAGAUUUAAGAGAAGAAGUGUCAUCUUUGCUGGACAUUAAGAGUGAUUUUACCUUCCAUCUUACAGACUUCGGAUGUCAGCCGGGCGAACCCCUCCCGGCUGAUGUGAUGAGCACUUUACGUGAUACAGCCUUUAUCAAUUCAAGUUGGAAACUUUACGUUAACUGUAACGUAAAACCUAAGUACUCUCAGAAGGCUGCCGAGUUAGUUGAAGGUUCCGUCAACACAAAAGCUUUCCCUAGUAAAAAUUCAUUGAAAUCAACCACUAGUAGUGUUGUAAGCUCUAAUGAUGAUAUGUACUCAUUCACUGAUAUCACGUCAAUUGAUGAACAUGGAAACGUUACUGGGAGAAGAGAGUACCCAAAAACCCCAAGCCACUACUAUGAUCAAGGUAGUGCUAUUCAGAGCCCAGAAGUUGAUUAUUGGAAUAUUAAAGAUAAAUUGCCUGAUCUUAACUCCUCAAUAAGCACAGCAAGAGUGAGAUCAAACAGCAAAACUGCAAUGGCAUCAGGAUCCUCCUUGGAUGACUUAAAGAAGCAGAGCUUUAAGGUGAUUCGGAAGCACAGUAAUACUGAAAUAGAUUUUAACAAAGGUAGAGCUUCGCCUUAUGUAAGACCAGAGUUGGCACCAAAACGUGACGCCCCAAAGCCCCCUUACAUGGGUUCUCAAAUCUCCUUAGCUUCUGUUCAUUCGGUACAAAGCGGUGCAACUGAGUCGGUAGCUCCUCCAAUAUCUCCUGGUAAACCUAAUCGUCAACGCACAGUAUCAUUUUUGAAGAAAGUACGCCCUCCGCCCCCUGCAGUGGAUGGUUCAAUAUCUGUGGAUACCAAGGUAACUAUUUCCACCCCAGAGAAUUCCACACCAACUGAUUCCAUAGUUCCUUCGUACACACCGGCAACUUCGCACGUGUUGGUUCCAAAACCGUACAAAGGUAAGCUACCAAUUUCAGACGGCGAACCUGACGAACAAAAAAUGACUACUGCAGCCUCUAUUAGUCGGAACCAUAGGACUAGAAGAUCUUAUUCUCUCAAGACUUCUUCAUUGCCAACAAGGGUAAAUUCGACUCGACUUGUAUCAUCUACUUCUGCAGCAGAUAUUUUCGAUGAAAAUGAGAUAUCAUUCGCAGGCGCACCGGAAUUAUCUGACUUUGAUAGUGAGGGGAGUGUUGACUCGGACGAUAUUAUUUGGUCAUUUGAUAAAUCUGCUAAAGAUUCUUCCACAACAGGCGGUGAACUUGAACGUGCCAACUCCGCAGCGGAUACUACACUCUCUAGUGAUGUGAAUGAAUAUGGUAUUCCAUCUCGUAAAAUGACCUUAAGACCUACUGCAGAAGUGGUUUAUCAGAAUCUAGAAAUGUUCUUCCCUGACACUGAUCUAGAUAAACCAAUAUUGGAAGGAUUGACUCCUUCUGCGUCUCCUGCACCUUCAAUUAAGUCUCCAUUACCAACAGUUCCUGAUAGGUCUGUGACUCCAUCCCCCUCAAGUUCUGUCAGGCAGCUAACACCGCGUCCAUUUAUAGCAAACAACAACUCUAAUGAUGAUAUUAAUCAAGUUGACACAGUAAAGUCACCAAGACGCACAAGGACGAUUCGAGCUAUUGCUCGUGAGGCUAGCGAAGCAAGAAAACAGCGUUUAGUGAAUAACGUGAAGCGUCAUAACACCAAGAUGUGGGGAACGAAAGUCGUUGAAAUAACAGACAAGCGCACCGUAUCUAUUAAUAAAGCCAAAAAUUCUAAGGGCGAAUAUAAAGAGUUUGCCUGGAUCAAGGGUGAGCUCAUAGGUAAAGGGUCAUUUGGUGCUGUAUACUUAGGGUUAAACGUAACUACUGGUGAAAUGAUGGCUGUAAAACAGGUCGAAGUUCCAAAAUUUGGCUCACAGGGCGAAACCGCGGCAUGUACAGUAAAUGCUUUAAUCUCUGAAGUGUCAACCCUAAGAAAUCUUGACCACCUGAAUAUUGUGCAAUAUUUGGGUUUUGAAAACAAAAAUGGAAUCUAUAGUCUAUUCUUGGAAUAUGUCGCAGGUGGUUCUAUAGGUUCACUCUUCAGGCUCUAUGGCCAUUUCGAUGAACAACUGAUCAGAUUUUUGACGAGGCAGGUUUUGGAAGGACUGGCAUAUUUGCACCUGCGCGGAAUUUUACAUAGAGAUCUCAAAGCAGAUAAUAUUCUCUUGGACAAUGCUGGUGUUUGCAAAAUCAGCGACUUCGGUAUAUCAAGACAGUCCAAUAACAUAUACUCCAACUCUGAAAUGACAAUGAGAGGAACUGUCUUCUGGAUGGCGCCAGAGAUGGUCGACACGACACAAGGAUAUAGUGCAAAAGUCGAUAUCUGGUCUUUGGGUUGUGUUGUUUUGGAAAUGUUUGCAGGUCGCAGACCUUGGUCUAAUUUUGAAGCAGUGGCUGCCAUGUUCCAGAUCGGUAAAUCUAAAGCUGCACCACCCAUUCCAGAAGAUACCUUGCCCUUAAUUUCACAAGAAGGUCGUGAUUUCUUAGAUAAUUGUUUCAAGGUAGAUCCAGAAGAGCGACCUACCGCAGAUAAGCUUCUGUCUCAUCCAUUCUGUCAAGUCCCGCCAGAGUUCGAUUUUGCUGAAACUGACCUGUUAAAAUUCAUCAAACAGAAUGACAAGCUCAACAACAGUAAAUUACGGAUUAACUCUCAUGAAUAA